AUGCGCGGCGAGCUCAUUGGGAAGGGGAAGUACGGCCGUGUCUAUCUAGCGUUGAACGCUACCACCGGCGAGAUCAUAACGGUCAAACAAGUGGAGUUAUCACACACUAUGGCCGAUGAAGAAAUGGACCGGGCCUGCGUGACGGCGCUGAAGACUGAAAGCGAGACACUCAAAGAUCUAGACCAUUCGCACAUCGUCCAGUACCUCGGAUUCGAAGAGACUCCAAAUUUUUUGAACAUCUUUCUGGAGUAUGUACCCGGUGGAUCCAUUGGGCAUUGCCUGCGCAAGCAUGGCAGAUUCAAAGAGGAGGUGACGAAAUCGUUUACUGAGCAGAUCCUUACCGGCCUGGAGUACCUUCACUCAAAAGGCAUCUUGCACAGAGAUUUGAAGGCGGAUAAUAUCCUUGUUGAAGCAUCAGGAGUGUGCAAGAUUUCCGACUUCGCUGUUUCCAAGCACAUGCAAGCCUCGAAUGUCCAAGCGGCACACUCGCCGCUAGUGGGAACCGUUUUUUGGAUGGCGCCGGAGAUUGUGAGAAGUGGAAAGCAAGGAUACGAUGCUAAGGUUGACAUCUGGAGUCUCGGAUGCGUGGUGCUCGAGAUGUGGACCGGCCGACGUCCGUGGAGCGGCGAAAGCGAGGCGAUUGCGGUAAUGUUCAAGUUGUACAACAAAGAAGCGGACCCUCCUGUCCCCAAAGAUGUUGUUCUGUCCUCUCUUGCGGAUGACUUCCGCCUCAAGUGCUUCGCGAUUAAUCCGGAGGAAAGAGCGUCCGCAGCGGAAUUGAGGUCGCAUCCAUAUCUCGAGCUCCCUCCGGAUUGGGUAUUCAAGGGUUUCCAAUGA